AUGUCAUGGCCUGAACAAGUAAAAUUUUGGAUCCUACUGACUUUAUCAAUACCAUCUACAAUUUGUUCGAUUCUAAUUUUUAUUUAUUUUUAUCGAAAACGACGCAAUAUUUUAAUUCAUCAUCAUCUAACACUAAUAUUAAUUAUCACAAGUUUUUUACAAUUGACAACAAAUUUUCCUUUUAUUAUGGUUUAUUACCAACAUGGUAGAGUUAUUUCAGCAUCAAAUAGUUUUUGUUCAUGGUGGAAUUGGUGGGAAUAUUCAACAAAUGGUGUAUUAUUAUUUGUAAUGGCUUGGGGUUCAAUUGAACGACAUUUACUUGUUUUUAGUCGAACAAUUAUGGAUACAAAACGAAAACGAUUCUUCUAUCAUGUAUUACCUAUGGCAUCUGUUUGCAUUUAUCCUUUUAUAUUUUAUUUUGCUAUUAUCAUAUUGAAUACAUGUAAAAAUCGAUGGAAUUAUAAUGAAGUUUUUUGUGAAAUACCAUGUUAUUUGAUGGAUCAAAAAAUUCUAGCAACUUACGAUUUUAUAGCGGAUGUUGUGUUUCCUGUUUGUGCUAUUGCUAUAGCUAAUAUAAGUUUAAUAUUUCGAAUAGUAUGGCAGAAACGACGCCAUCAAGCAUUAUGGCGUCGACAAUAUAAAUUAACUAGACAACUUAUUUUUAUCGCAGUUAUAUAUACAGUAUUUUGGUUUCCAUUGACAUUCAAUGGACUUGUUAUAACUUUUACAUCUUCAACAAUAUUACAAAAUAUACAAGUAGAAUGUUUCUUUUUUCUACUUCAUAUGGUACCUUCUUUAUUGCCAUUUAUUUCAUUGACUUGUCUAUCAAAUUUUAUGCAAAUUGUUUUAAAAAAACCACGAAUGGUCGUUGUACCGUUACCUCAAUAA